AUGAUUCAAACAGUUAAAGCAGUUCAUGAUAAAAAAGUGGCACAUCAAGAAAUUAAGCCAACUAACUUUUUAGUGGACUUUUAUGGAAAAAUUAAGAUAUCUGAUUAUGGAAUAUCAUCUCUAUAUGCAAAGAAUCCAAUGAGCGAGUCAUUUAACGCACAAAGAAAUCAUUACGCUCCCGAAGUCUUUAGAUCCAAGUCAUAUGAUAAGAUGCAAGCUGAUAUAUGGAGUCUUGGUGUUACAAUUUUCUAUUUUAUUACCGGAAAAUACCCAUUUUCUUCCAAAGAUCCAAAUCUUCUUAUUAAAAAGAUAAUGAGUGGCGUUUACAUGGAAGGAUUGAUUGAAGAUCCACAAAUGAAAUCUUUAAUUGCAGAUUGCCUGUCAAUCAACGCUCCAUUUCGUCCGACAAUCGACGAAAUACUGAAUAACCAAGUAUUUGUUACUCUCAAGCAAUCAUCUCAUGAAAUGUUUGCUUUAAAGAGAAGAAUGAGCUUCAAAUCAAGUCGCGAUUUGGUUGCCAAAGAAGUUAGCAAAAUGCGAAGAACAAGUUUAGAUUGUUAUAGACCGAAAAUAGAUUUUUUCAGUUUUCUCUUCAAAUAA